CAAAAGUCCUUGAAAAUUGUGCAAUGAAAAUUCUUUAGAAUUUAGUGUUAUAGUUUAGAAUAUAGUUUUUUUCAAUUAACCAAAGAUUGAAAUUUUUUUUGUGUAAUCUAAAGUAUAAUAAACUUGUUAUGAUCAAGUUCAACAUUAGUAACAAUAAUCUGGAAAUAAAGUUUUCAAAUUUUUGAUUCAAAAAUGUUUUAUCAAAAUGAUAACAUCAAUUUCAUUCAAACUUACAGAUAUUCGUUUGUGUUUAGGUGAUUUAAGUACUUCUAUUUAAGAAAUACCAUGUCUUCAAGAAAAACAGCCGGCCGAAGAGCUACUACAAAGAAGCGUGCUCAGAGAGCAACUUCUAAUGUAUUCGCUAUGUUUGAUCAAGCUCAAAUUCAAGAAUUUAAAGAAGCAUUUAAUAUGAUUGAUCAAAAUAGGGAUGGGUUUGUAGACAAGGAAGAUCUUCACGAUAUGUUGGCUUCACUUGGAAAGAGCCCUACCGAUGAAUAUCUUGAAGCAAUGAUGAAUGAAGCACCUGGCCCUAUUAAUUUCACCAUGUUCUUGACACUUUUUGGCGAGAGACUUCAAGGCACUGAUCCUGAAGAUGUCAUUAAAAAUGCAUUUGGAUGCUUUGAUGAAGAUAACAGCGGUUACUUAAAUGAGGAGCGUCUUCGUGAAUUAUUGGUUACAAUGGGGGAUAGAUUCACUGAUGAAGAUGUUGACGAGAUGUAUCGUGAAGCUCCUAUCAAGAAUGGCAUGUUUGAUUACAUCGAGUUCACUCGAAUUCUCAAACAUGGAGCUAAGGAUAAGGAUGAGCAAUAG